AUGACAGGGUCAACGCGCGACAUUCGCUCGUUCUUCGGUGCGCAGCCGCCGGCUAAGAAGCGUCGUACGACACUGGAUAGCCUGCCCUCGGACAAGAUUAAGCAAGCCAAGAGGGUUGAGCCUGAUGGUGCGCCAACCACUAGCAGCGUUGAGAAGCAGUGCCAGGAGGAGAAAGAGCUCAAAGAAGACCAGGAAGAACACGAUGGCGAAACUCUUCCUGUGACGAGGUUUUCGGAGCUGCAGAAAAUGAUGCGGCUCCGCUCGCUCAUGCACCAGUCGUGGUUCGAUCUGCUACAGAACGAAUUUGCACGCGGAUCGUUCCAGACGCUGACAAGGUUCCUGGAGGGAGAGGAAGGUCGCAAAAAGACCGUAUAUCCGCCGCCAACCGACGUGUUCGCGGCGUUGCGAGACUGCGCCUUCUCCAAUCUGAAGGUAGUCAUUCUGGGCCAGGACCCAUACCACGGACCACAGCAGGCGCACGGAUUAAGCUUCUCGGUGCGUCACGGAGUUCCACCUCCUCCGAGUCUCAAGAACAUAUUCAAGGAGGUUAUGUGCGAUACUGGCAUUGAACGCCCGACCCACGGCUGCUUAUCUUGCUGGAGUCGCCAGGGAGUUCUCCUCCUCAAUACGGUACUCACAGUGCGUCGAGGUGAACCGAAUUCUCACAAGAAGCGUGGCUGGGAGCAGUUAACGGAUGCAGUCAUCUCCAAAGUCAAUAAAGACGCCUCCAACGUCGUCUUCUUGCUCUGGGGGAAACCUGCACAGGAGAAGGGUGCGCUGAUCGAUUCAAGGCGGCAUCUGGUGGUAUGCUCGUCACACCCGUCGCCACUAGGAGCCACAAAAACUAACGCGCCAUUCCUGGGCUCCAAAUGCUUCUCACGUGCCAAUAGCUACCUCAAAGAGCACGGCAAGGAACCCAUCGACUGGAGCGUGCAGUAA